AGGAUAAAUGUCAAGUUAACGUCAAAAUCAACUUCAAUCGACUCGACGAAGCGAAUGUAAAAGUCGUGUUAAAUCCACAAAGGUGAUUGUGUUAUCCAUUUUUAUAUUGUAUUAGUGCUUCUACGUGUUCCAACGGCCUUCUACAAGAGGUAACUCCAUCGGUUAAAGCACGGUCGACACUGUCCACCCCAAACGAGCCGAUCCGCGGUGAUACAAGAUGGCGUCCAAAGCCAUUUACGAGGCGACCGGCAAAGAUCUUAUAACCAGGCAUAUAGGAUCCGGUACGGCGUUGGUACCAUGUCGGUUCGCCGUGUUCGAGGAAGGCACCGUCUGGGAGGACGAGAUCGGAAAGAAUCCAUGGCUCACCAAAGAGUCGUUGGUGGUGAAGCCUGACCAGCUGAUAAAGCGGCGAGGUAAGCUGGGUCUGGUGGGUGUGAACAAGAGUGCGGCGGAGGUGCGCCGCUGGCUGGCAGACCACUCGGGCAAGGAGCAGCAAGUUGGUGCAGCUCUCGGGAAACUGAGAAGAUUCGUUGUAGAGCCGUUUGUCAAACAUGACGCGAACGAGGAGAUGUACCUGUGCAUCCAGUCAGGCCGGCGCUCCGACACCAUCCUGUUCCAUCAUCAGGGAGGUGUUGAUGUUGGAGAUGUGGAUGCACUGGCUCUAAGACUAGAGGUGCCAGUUGAUACUUUUCCUACUGGAGAAGACGUCGACACGCAACUGCUGAAGAAUGUUAAAUCAACUUCUGUUAGAAGGAUAAUAACGAGCUUCAUCCUGUCCUUGUACAAAGUGUACGUCGACUUACACUUCACUUAUAUGGAGAUAAACCCCAUCGUGGUGACAGGUGACAGGAUCUAUCUGCUAGAUCUAGCCGCUAAGUUAGACCAGACGGCGGACUUCAUCUGCGCCAAGCAUUGGGGUGAGGUGACAUUCCCACCACCAUUCGGAAGGGAUGCUUACCCUGAAGAGGCGCAUAUCGCUGAUUUGGAUGCGAAGAGUGGAGCCAGUUUGAAGCUAACAGUGCUGAACAAAUCUGGUCGUAUCUGGACAAUGGUGGCUGGUGGUGGUGCUUCUGUAGCCUACAGUGAUACUGUAUGUGCUCUGGGUGGUGCUGGAGAACUGGCCAACUACGGAGAGUACUCCGGAGCACCCACAGAGGCGCAGACUGCGGACUACGCCAGGACUAUAUUCAGUCUUAUGUGCAGGGAGAAACAUCCUGAUGGCAAAGUGCUGAUAAUCGGAGGUGGUAUUGCCAACUUCACUAAUGUGGCGGACACCUUCCGGGGCAUCAUCAGCGCCAUCGAGACGUACAAGGAUGCGCUGCUGCAGUACAAUGUCACCAUAUUUGUUAGAAGAGGGGGCCCUAAUUAUCAAGAGGGGCUAAGACAAAUGCGUGAAGUGGGCCAACGUCUCCGCAUACCUCUGUAUGUGUUUGGACCAGAGAGCAAUAUGACUGCGAUAGUGGGCCUAGCUCUAGGACAUGCGCCUAUACCUUCUGAUCAUCAGCUGGACUACGCGCCUAAACAGUUGCCUAAACCUAAACCUGUGCCGGCACCGAAGCUGGAUCUACCGGAGAUGACACCAGCGCUGCUAGACCUGGUGUGCUCCCAGGCACCGACACGUAUGGACCUAGGACAGCCUCUCAGUACAGCGAGACCACUCUUCACAGAUCGCACUAAAGCCAUCAUCUGGGGAAUGCAGAAUAGAGCUAUACAGGGCAUGUUGGAUUUCGACUACAUCUGCCGUCGCUCGGAGCCUUCAGUGGUAGCCAUUGUGUACCCCUUCACUGUGGACCACAAACAGAAAUAUUACUUCGGCAAUAAGGAAGUCUUUAUACCCGUUUUCUCUGACAUGGACGUUGCGAUGCGCAAACAUCAAGAGGCAACAGUUUUGGUCACUUUUGCCUCACUUCGCUCUGCUUAUGAUAGCACGAUACAGGCGAUGCAACAUCCACAGAUAAACACAAUAGUGAUAAUAGCGGAGGGUAUUCCUGAGAAUAUGACGAGGAAACUCAUCAAAGUGGCAGACCAAAGAGGGGUGACUAUCAUAGGUCCGGCUACUGUGGGCGGCAUCAAGCCUGGAUGUUUCAAGAUUGGCAACACUGCCGGCAUGAUAGACAACAUUAUUGAUAGCAAGUUGUACCGUCCCGGCAGCGUGGCGUACGUAUCCCGGUCUGGUGGUAUGAGUAAUGAGUUGAACAACAUCUUGUCUAAGGAAGCUGAUGGUGUGUGCGAAGGUGUGGCUAUUGGAGGUGAUAGAUACCCUGGCACCACCUUCCUUGAUCACCUCCUAAGGUUCGAGGCGGAUCCCAACGUGAAGAUGCUGGUGGUGCUGGGCGAGGUGGGGGGUGUGGAGGAGUACCACAUCUGUCGUGCCAUCCGCGACAAGCUCAUCACCAAGCCGAUGGUGGCAUGGUGUAUUGGCACUUGCUCAGAUAUGUUUUCGUCUGAGGUACAAUUCGGACAUGCCGGUUCUCUCGCCGGUUCAACAUUAGAAAAGGCGGCCGCUAAGAAUGCGGCAUUGAAAUCAUUCGGUGUCACCGUACCUGAGUCUUUCGAUAGUUUGGGCAAAGCGGUACAUCAGGUGUACCAGAAACUGGUCGAUCAGGGCAAGAUCAUUGUGAAGGAGGAGGUGGACCCACCUAAAGUUCCUAUGGACUACGAUUGGGCGAGGAAAUUGGGUAUUAUCCGCAAACCUGCUGCUUUCAUCAGUACAAUAUGUGACGAGCGAGGUCAGGAGUUGUCAUACUGCGGUGUACCCAUCAGCCAGGUUCUGGAACGUGGACUUGGAGUAGGUGGCACCGUUAGUCUUCUCUGGUUCCAGCGUGAGCUGCCAUCAUGGGCAUGCCGGUUCAUAGAGCUGGUGCUGAUAGUGACAGCAGACCAUGGUCCAGCUGUCUCCGGAGCUCACAAUACGAUGGUGACGGCGCGCGCCGGAAAAGAUCUCAUAUCAUCUGUUGUCAGCGGACUUCUCACUAUUGGUGACAGGUUCGGAGGAGCUCUGGACCGUGCUGCUGCAGAUUUCUGUGCAGCAUACGACAAGGGUCAACAUCCUCAGGAGUUUGUUAACGAGAAGCGAGCUAAAGGAGAAUUAAUUAUGGGCAUCGGACACAGAGUGAAAUCCAUAAAUAAUCCGGAUUCUCGUGUACGUGAAUUAAAAUCUUAUGUAACAUCUCGUUGGCCGGCCUGGCCUGUCACGAGAUAUGCUCUCGAUGUGGAAUCUAUUACAACAAGAAAGAAACCAAAUCUGAUAUUGAAUGUGGAUGGUAUCGUGGCUGCAGCAAUGGUAGACCUCUUCAGGCAUUGCCAACUCUUCACACAAGAGGAAGGUAACAAUUAUAUCCAGAUGGGUGCCAUUAAUGCUUUAUUCGUGUUGGGUCGUACUAUUGGACUUGUUGGACAUUAUCUUGAUCAGAAGAGGAUGAAACAACCCCUAUAUCGCCACCCCUGGGAUGACAUCACAUAUAUGGCACCCAACAACUAGAUCUGAUGUUAAAACUAUUGUGUUGGCUUCAUUUUAAAAAUAUUCCUUUUAGUUAAACAUUUUCAGACAAAAAUAUGUCAAAUUUUUCU